GGGUUUUUUUUUUUGUCUUAAUGGCCAAAGUUAACAACCGAGACAAAUGGAGAGCAAAGCACCAAUGCUGAGGUACAUUUUGACAUUUCUAAUUAAUGUCCUGUGCCACUAAAAACAUAAAGCUCUCUCUAGAAUUAAUGUGAGCAAUAAACCUACUGUUUACUCUGGAUUUGAAAAUGAGUAUUGAUUAUUGUUUUGUUUUUUAUUACUUGGGAAGAUAUGGGCAGGGCCUAAAUAUUAGAGUCCUCAAAUUAUCAUUCCCUGUGUUUUCUGUUAUGCCUCUUUAAUCUUCUUCUGUGUCUGUUAUUUUUCUCCCUUUCCAGGUAGACUGAUAAAUCUCUUGAAUUUCAUCACAAAAACACAUUUCAAAAACCUACUGUUCUGGUAACCUAGAUGGGGUCAGCAUUUUAAUUAUCUUUUAAUAAGAAUGGUUUAAUAAGCAGUUUUAAUAACCAUGCCUUUCUCAGUUGGAUUCAUACUAGUAGAUUUUAGUAUUUGGUGUCUAAAUUCUUAGUAAAGCUUUUGCAAAGCAUGAAGUGCUCUGUGCUUUGUGUACUGGAGCCUCACUGGCUUGCAGGGAAAUACACGAACUUGUCAAAAAUGUGCGUACUUGUAGAAUCAAAGCCUUAAUUUGUAAAAUGAUACUUAAUAAGAAAAAUGGGCACAAGGUAGUAAUUUUUCUUGUUGAAAACAAUGGUUAUUGCUCAGGUAAAUGUUAGCAGCCUUGACUGAUUGCUGACAAGAAGUACAGAAGUGAUUAACAUGACAGUGUGCAAAUCAUGUCAUAAAUUUUUUUGUCCCUUGCAGCCACAGCGGGUAUAUAAACUGGUCUUUCAGGUUUAGUGUAGUUCUUUUGGAAGAAAAAAAAACGUGUUACAAAAAACUUAGGAGAGAAAAUUAAAAUUCUUCCAUACUUGAGUCUUCUUUAUGAAGUCUCUAUUCAAUGCUGCUUCAGUCUGAUACCUAUUUCUUUUCUGUUAUUAAAGUGAAGCUUUGAUGCAUGCAUAGGUAUCUCCCCCCAUCAUUUUUCUCCCCCACUACUAAGUCCUAUUAUGUUAUGCUUUAAUGUGAACAGAUGAGCUCUUCUUUAGGCUUCUUCUAAGAAAAUGAGUUUUGUAACUUAUGCUGCAUUUAUCUUUGACUAUAUAUAACUUUAAAAAAUUGGCUGGUUUUAAGGAAGUGUGUGUUCAAGAAGUAGCAAAGGAUAUUAGAAAUAUUCAUAGUGACUUUCAAUCUUUUAAGGUAAUAAACACAGAUCUGCUUUCAAGUUUAAGGGGAAAUUUGGUAUUUAUUCUAAGACUAUACAAAGCAGUUGCAUCCAAACAUGAAUGCAAGCGCAAAAUAAAUUAAUUUCUGUCUCUAACACAAUAUAGUCAAACUGCAGAUAUUCAUGUUAGGCAGGAUGGGUCUUUACUUGCUCGCUGAAUCCCGUCUUUAUUUGUUAUACCUAUUGUGUAUAAACUUUACUGUCUUUACUUGAUAUAAAUGAUGUCCCUCAUGCUAACUGGAGGGAUUUGGGAGAGGAAGCAGCUAUGUUGCUAGCGUGUCCUCAGCUUUUCUAGGUGAUAGACAUGCUGCCCUGCUCCUUCUCUGAUUUUGAUUUGACACUUUGAAGGACGUGGGGAGGUGAUAGCAGAGGGAGCCAGGGAUGUUUCUUCCUUUGCAUGCCUUUACAUAAGGUGUCACUGUUUUCUUUGUGCUUUCUUUGGUAAUCUGUCAAGGUGCCCUCUGGAGUCCUUCUUGGAAAGGCUUUGCUGGAACUGGACAACACAAGUAGGGCAAUUGUGGGACAGCUGUGUUGUAAGGAAAAAGCAAAUAGAGUAGGAUUGUUAAGCCUGGAAAAGACCACCAAGGAGAAUUAUGACAGAUAUGCAAAACUAUGUGUGAUGUGGACAAGUUGAGCAAAAAAAAGAAUUAUGCAUGCAGAGGGAAGUUUCUGUGGAGAGCUCCACUGAGCUGACCUCAUUGCCUCGUGUUGCUGUCUCUGCCUUCCUGCAGUAAAGGUGCUUCAGGACUGGUAAAAGCCUUGGCAGGGCUUGGGCUGGGGGUGAGUUUUUCCCCAAGAUGUGGGACAGUGAAGCAUAUCUGAGGACAGCAGAGCACAUGUUGGAGGAGGGGACAAAUGGAAAACAUCUGGAGGUGACUCUCACUGGAAGGAUAUGUGUCACAAAGAUGUCUACACGGAACUGCCAGGGAAUGGAUUCAGUGAUCAAACCUCUGGAUACAAUUCCUGAGGAUAAAAAAGUUCGGGUUCAGAGGACACAGAGUAGUUUCGAUCCGUUUGAGAAGCCAGCUAAUCAAGUGAAGAGGGUUCAUUCAGAGAACAACGCUUGCAUUAACUUCAAAACUUCAUCUGCAGGGAAGGAAUCACCCAAAGUCAGGCGGCACUCCAGCCCCAGCUCUCCUACAAGCCCUAAGUUUGGAAAAGCAGACUCAUAUGAAAAACUGGAAAAACUAGGGGAAGGGUCCUAUGCUACAGUUUACAAAGGAAAAAGCAAGGUAAACGGAAAGCUGGUGGCAUUGAAGGUGAUUAGAUUACAAGAAGAGGAAGGAACCCCAUUUACUGCUAUCAGGGAAGCUUCUCUUUUGAAAGGAUUGAAACAUGCAAACAUUGUGCUGCUUCAUGACAUCAUUCACACCAAGGAGACCUUGACACUUGUGUUUGAAUAUGUGCACACUGAUUUAUGUCAGUACAUGGACAAACACCCUGGAGGGCUUCAUCCAGAGAAUGUGAAGUUAUUUUUAUUUCAGUUGCUGCGAGGACUGUCUUACAUCCACCAGCGUUACAUUUUGCACAGGGACCUGAAACCACAGAACCUUCUGAUCAGUGACACGGGGGAGUUAAAGCUGGCAGACUUUGGUCUUGCAAGAGCUAAAUCAGUUCCUAGUCAUACAUAUUCCAAUGAAGUGGUAACCCUAUGGUACAGACCUCCAGAUGUCCUUCUGGGAUCAACAGAAUAUUCCACCUGCCUUGACAUGUGGGGAGUGGGUUGUAUCUUUGUAGAAAUGAUUCAAGGGGUCGCUGCUUUUCCAGGAAUGAAAGACAUUCAAGAUCAACUUGAAAGGAUAUUUCUGGUACUUGGAACACCAAAUGAAGAUACGUGGCCUGGAGUCCACUCUUUACCCCAUUUCAAACCAGAACGGUUUACACAGUACGGCCCUAAAAACCUUAGACAAGCAUGGAAUAAGCUGAGCUGUGUGAACCAUGCAGAAGAUCUAGCCUCCAAACUACUCCAGUGUUUCCCAAAGAACAGAUUGUCAGCACAGGCAGCUCUGAGCCAUGAGUACUUCAGUGAUCUGCCCCCACGGCUAUGGGAGUUAACCGAUAUGUCUUCUAUUUUUACUGUCCCGAAUGUAAGAUUACAGCCAGAGACUGGAGAAAGCAUGAGAGCCUUUGGAAAAAACAAUAGUUAUGGCAAAGGUGUAUCAAACAGCAAACAUUGAAGAAUACCUAUGUUCACAACUGAUAAUGCAGGAUUAAAUUUACCAGGUUGGAGGAGGGAAACAAAAACCUAAUGAGGAGGCCGACACCAGGAAGGAACCACGGCCUGUUUCCUUUCUGUCUCUAUGGUGGAUUUCAUUCAAAAGAAAAUUGAAGCUGGCAAGACCCUGUUUUUCCCUGCAAUUUAUUUAAAACCUUGCACGCAUUUGGAUACCUUGUGAUUUCAGAGAACUAUGUGAAGAUUAAGCUUUUGCUGAUUGAUACAUGGCAUGUACUCUUUCAGUCUUUUGUGUUUGAUUUUGUUUGAUUUUCCACUGCAGCGCUGCAUCUUUGUAAGGAUUUUUAUGCUUUCACCAGCAACGUCUUAAAUACUUUCAGACAACACAUUUGGUGUUCACACCUCUUCAGUAACAACUGUACAAAAAGAGCCAGCAGUGGCAUAAAGGACUGUGUGUUUUCUUUGAGGGUUGUGUAUAGUUUACAACCAAUGGGAAGACUAUUUCUUCCCAGGGCAAGCCCAACUUGUCUGAUCAGCUGACAAUUACAGCACCUUGCCACUCUUCCUCAAGUGUUGUUGGGUUAUUUCUUUUCUCAUUAUCCCCUCAGACCAUUCAUAUCCAUUUAAAAACAUGGCAAUAAUUGCAUGUUUACUUCAGUACUCUAAAUUUGGUUACUCUGCUUAGGCUAUGUAGCAUGCCAGUUUUCAAAAUAGGCCUGUGAGAACGACAAAGCAAAAAUGAGGAGAUAUAUGCAGCUGAUAGAUGCACAGUGAAUUCCUUAUGGUUUUAUUCCCUUCAAGAAUAUAUCUUUCUUUUAUGGGUCUUGGCUAACAUCUCUAUGUUUUUCCUCACACUAGUUACUUAUAUUUUCUUGAAAACAGAGAUGAUGAAACUGUUCUGUUUAAUUCAGGGCUGAUACUGAGGUACAGAAAAACGUCCUUUGAAUGAGCCAUUAAAUCUAGCUGUGUUACUUUGCCACGUACAAAGCAAGGUGGAGAAUUCUCCUCAUCCCAGACUGUUUGCUGUUCCACACCAAAGCACCUUUUGAGUUAUUUUCCAUAGGUAUUCUGAGCUGAUUGGAAGGCACUACAUGAUCCUUAGUCUUUAGAUAGCUUUUCUGAAUGAAUCAUUCAAAUGCAAACUUUGCAAGAAACUAAGUUGUGUAUGUGGUUUUAGAAAAGGAAGCCCCUGCUACAUUUUGGCUGGGGAGAGCAUUGUGUUCAGGGGUGUGAAAAAACUGCCCUGUUUACAACUUUGCAUUCAGAGAGGGCAGGGUAUUGUGCAAAAAUCACUGUUGAGUUACAGUCCUGCUCCUGCACUUGCUAGGCAAUAUUAUUCUACACAUAAUUUUGACAUCCUUUGCUUGUUGGAUGCAUUGAAUUACAUUUUAAAGAAGUGUGGUAAUGCUUUGGUUAGCUUUCAGUGUUUGAAAGGAGGGGGAAAGGAUUUGUGCUACUGCCAUCUUAUUAAACUCCAGCAGUGUUUAAUAAGAAAGACACCCAAUAAGGCAAAUCCUUGAAUGCACAAGUAGCUACAAAAGGUCUCUUAAUGAACUAGGACAGGAGUCUACACUUUCAAAGAACUGAACCGUGGAAA